UAAAAUUUUGCAACUAGACAUUUCUUCUUCCAAGAACACCUCAGCCCCUCGAAUUACUGCUUCUUCUAGUACUUUUGCGCCAGAUCAUGACCUCAACCUUAUCUUCUAAGUUAAGCUUUUCCUCUUCCAGAUAUUCUCAUAUACAGAGUAUUAUGUAGUUUUUACGAACUAUGUUUUUCCCUCCAUCAGAUGGACAAAAUAUCAGGCAUAUAAAUGCAAUAGCCAAGUUGGUGUUAAUAUUUUAAAAUCUAUUUUCUAAUUUCUCUGUGUACUAACCUAAAGCUUGCGAGUGCUAUAAUGGGUGAUAGUCAUAUUUAUGUUUGAAUAUAUCCAAUUUUAGGGUUUCUUGUGCUGAUGUUCACGUUUGGCAGAUUCAUAUUAAUGGUUCACCAUUCAAAUAUGUGUGGAACACAAUUUUGCAAAGCCUAUUUCACGUUCAAUGGGUCUCUGCUUUUUUCUAUUUUUCAACUGCACAAAUUAUUACACUUUAUUUGUCAACCAUUCAAGCAUUGAGUUAUACUCCGUAUGAACUACUGAAUUUUAGGUAUCACUUUAGCAGCCAAAAGUAAUUUUCCUUUUUAAUCAGCUCACAGUUUGAUGAAUAUGAGGUUUGUUAUUAUAAUGGUGCUUUUGUUUUCUUUUUCUACGGUUUGAUGAAGAUAAUUGCUCUAUUUAUUAAAAUGAUUUUUAAAUCAUCUCUUUCAAUUAAAAAAGAAAUCCGAAGGCUAGAAUCCAUCCAUCUACAAUUAAGCAAACUAAGUAUCCCCUCUAAAUUUGUUAUGCUUAUUGUUAAGGUAUCUCCUAUUUUUUCACUCUGCUUCGAUCUUCCUCGGCAUUUGUAUCAACUUCCUUUUUAAUCCCACUAUCAUUCCUAUCUCAUGAGGUAUUGAUCGAGCGGUCUCCAGUCUAUUGUAUUUCGACUUCCGCCUUUUCGUUCAAGACUCUCUUUUAUUUUUGAGUUAUCCAGGGUUUGCAAUUUGGACUUCUACUAACGUACUCGAUAGUCCACCUUAGUCAAUCUCCUCAUUAUUGGUAAGUGUAAUCUCCUAAUUCUGUUUCUUCAUGUUUAUCUUUUACACGCCGUUUUUAUUAUUUGAAUUUUUUUGGGCUAAAGUUAUAAACUUACUUUUAUAUUGCAACUUUUCAGGAUGUGGGCAAAAGUUAGGGAAAUUAUGGUGCUAAGUUUUUAGGAUUUCUUUUGUGACAGUGUUAGUCAUUUUCUAUUCUCAAUAUAAUAAAAACUGCUUUAGAUCCAGAGGUUUUCUAUUUUCUAUUUGUUCUGCAUUUUCAAUUCUGAUUCUUUGACAAUAGAGAGUAAUGCAUCCACUUUUUAUAUAACUACACGAGAAUUUGAAGGAAAAACAAAUUCUAAUUUUUACUACCCUUACCCUACUGUGAAAAUCACUUAGGCACCCAUCCUUCUUCAAUGUCAACUUAAUAUACAUUCCAAGCUAGAUAUAUGAAUAUGAUAUGUUCCAGAUUUAGUCCUUAGGUCACUAUCCAGCAUGUUCUUAUGUGAUUCUGCAUUUAAAUAACUUUUUCCCUCUUUUUGGUCUAUGAUUUGAGAAUCCUAAAAAGGGUGAAAAGGAGUGAGAAAAAUACAAUUUUUUCACUCAGGAUAAGAUUAAAAGGAUUUUUUUUUAAAAAACUCUUUUCUUUAAUACAUACUGCAUUUUUUCUUUCUUUUUGGUAUUAUUAUUAUUAUUAUUAUUAUUAUUAUUAUUAUUUGCUUUAUGUCCUAGCUCUCUCCAUGUGGUGAGACUCUAAACCAAAAUUGUAGACGUGAGAGGUGAUGCAAUAGUGUAUGCGUGCUAUUGAUAUUUACUAUUAUGGAGACCAUUUUGCUGCUCAAAUAUUAUAAUUGAAGAGAAAGUUAAGUGUUAGUGUACAUCAUUAGGAUACUAAUGUAUGGUCAUUGACAACUUAAAUGUUUGAGAUGAUUUAAAAUUUUGUUAUUUUAGCGAGAUGUUUUUUCUUAGAAUGUACUUUAAGGAACACGUAGAGUCUUUAUGCUUAAUACUUUUCUAACUUGAAGUAUGUCUUAUUUUUCGUGUUUAUAUAUAGGCUCUUUGUGUAGGGAUUGAAGUGUGAAAACAGACACUGGGGUUAGAGGGAGGAACUAGCGAAUUCCAUAGAUAAGGCUCUUAUUGUGGUCUGCGGAGUAGAAGGUGGUUCAUUCAAUCAUUUGUAUCGUUUGGGGAGGAGCUUGAUAGAUCUUAGCUUUAUUUGACGUUCUGUAAUAAAAUUUUCUUAUUCACCCUACUGAAUAAGGGUCUGAAGUCUGAACUCUGAAAUCACUCCUCUAUCACAUUUGAAUGCAUUUCAAACAACAUAGUCUUUGAAUUUAGGGAAUGGGUUUGGGUCUUUCCCUCAUAGGAGAUGCUAGGAUUCAUUACUUUCUUUCUGUGUGAGUGGGGAACUUCCCCAGUCUGUUGUAUUUCGACUUCCUUUUCAUUCACGACUCUCUUUUAUUUUUCGAGGUAUCCAGGGUUUGCAAUUUGGACUUCUGCUAACGUACUUGAUAGUCCAUCUUAGUCAAUAUCCUCAUUAUUGAUGGAGCGUGGUAGACAUUCUGUAGAUGUGGGUAAUCUCCAACGCAACCGCAAGAGGGAGAUUGCAUCGACUCGAUCUACUUUAUGCAAAGGCAAAGGUAAAGCGCGGGCCGAGUCUUCUUUUCAAAGUCGAGAUGAUUUUGAAACGGAUUACCAACGGCUAGAUGAUAUGAUGAUGUCCGACGAGCAACUACAACACCUAUUGUCCCAAAAUGAUCCACGCUUUGCACAAGAACAACAAUUCCCGACAACCAUUGAUGAAGAUGAGCUCGAGGAUGACGAUGCGGAGGAGGACGCGGGGGGCGACGGGACUCACGGCACCCCGAAUGAUGAGCAAGAGUUGGAGGACGAGGGCUGUUCAACCCAAAUUGGUAAGAAAUCUAAAUCUCCUAUUAUUGAAAACAAUUAUACAAAAAGGAAAGACCAAAAUACCGAAAAAUGGUACGCAAGUUGCAAUCAUUGCAACAAAGAGUUUAGCUUGGGAACUUCUGGCGGAUACGGGAGUCUCAAAAGGCAUCUUAAGUCCACCCACUUUGUGGAGUAUGCGAAAAUAGACAAAGGGAAGGGGAAGCAAACACAAAUAUCGAGGUUUGCAAAUUCUCAACCCUUUGGUAAUUUCUCCUAUGAUGAUAAAAAACAUUUGACUGGUAUGUCUUAUUUAAUUGUUGAAGAAAAUUUACCCUAUAUUUUUUCCGGAAGUCUUGCUUUAAGAGAUUAUGCUCAAGGUACUUUAAAUCCUCAAUUUAGAAAUUAUAGUCACAAAACGAUUAAAAAAGAAGUUAUAAGGCAAUAUAACUUCAAAAAAGAAAAAUUACAAACAUUUUUCGCAAACUUUGAUGGACGUGUUAGUAUUUGUAGCGAUAUAUGGGAGGAUACUUAUCAUCAUUUAUAUUAUUUGGGUCUUACUGCACAUUAUAUUGAUGAUGAUUGGAAUAUGCAUAAACGUGUUCUUGCUUUUCGUGAAUUCAAUGAUCGUCACACUAGUGAUAAUAUUUAUAUUCUCAUUGAACGUAUUUAAUUGAAUAUAAUUUGAUUGAUAAGGUGUUUGCUGUAGGUUUUGAUAAUGCUAGUAAUAAUACUGCUGUUAUACCUAGAUUGCGUGAAUUGUGUGGUGCUUCUACAUUGAUGGGUAGGUUUUUUCAUCAACGUUGUGCAUGUCAUAUUCUAAAUUUGCGUGUACAAGAUGACUUAGCGGCAUUAGGAAAUGCUUUGGAGGUAGUGAAUGGGGGAAUUAAAUUGAUUUGGGCUAGCACUCCACUAAAAAUGCAAUGGCGGCAAUAUUUGAAGGAAAGACGUGUCAAUUAUUGUGCUUUUCCUAAAGAUUUGUCUAUUCGUUGGAAUAGUACUUAUAAUUUAAUUCAAGUACUUAUUAGAUAUAAAGAUCAUUUUCCUGCUUUUUUAAGACAAACUUGUAACUAUAUUAUAAACCUGCCUGACAUUGACACUUGUGAAAAAAUUGUUAAUGUUUUGGCAUAUUUUAAUAACGCAACUCAAAUUUUUAGUCAUGUUUAUAAAUCUACCGCAAACGAAUUUUUUGUUGAAGCUGUUAAUCUCGCCGGCGCUUUUUGUGAAUUUUCCGAAGCCACUUACGUUAGUUAUUUUUGUGAUUUCAUGAAACAAAAGUUUUUAAAAUAUUAUUCACAUAUUCCACAUAUACAUGGUAUUGCAUUUGUUCUUGAUCCUCGUUAUAAACUUGCUUACUUGGCAAAUUGUAUAGAUUACGAUUAUGUUUCUUUUUUUCCAACUCAAGAGUUCGAUGAUAAUCCCAUCGACCCUAAACAAGAAUUCAACGAGGUUAGUAAUUUAUUUCAUCAAUUGUAUAAUGAAUUUCAUGCACAAUAUGGUAAUGCAUCCCCUCCCAUGCAACAAACAUCUUCUUCAUCUAAAGGAAAAUCACUUUUGAAAUCCGCUUUUGAUUCUUUUGAAAAAAGUAGAGCAACUCCCACUACUGAACAAAGCUCAGGUAACGAGUUUUCUUUGUAUCUAACAUUGAAUGUUGAUUAUGAAGUUGGUGAUGACUUUGACGUUCUUAAGUGGUGGAAGGAAUCUGAAAGAACGUUCCCGAUUUUAUCAAAGAUGGUUAAGCAAGUGCUAGUAAUGUCGAUAUCAACCGUUGCCGUGGAACUAGAAUUUAGUGCGGCCGACAACGUCCUAAUCGAUUAUAGAACGAGGUUGAGCCCGAGCUUUCUUGAGAUGCUAGUUUGCUUUCACGAUUGGUUGAAGGCCCAACGAAGAACUCAAGAAAUUACCAUCGCUCCCACCCGUCACUUUAUGGAGGAAAUAAAUUCAUCCUAAUUCUCAAUUGUACUUCUUAUUUGAAAUAAAUAUACUUGAACUAGUUUAUAUUAUUGUGUACAUCAAUUCAAUAAUGUUCAAACUUAUAACUUAAAUUAAUUAAUUGGUUACAAACUUAUAACUUAC